AUGAAGCGAGCGCGUGUCCGGUGGCGUGCACGCGUCUUCCGCGGCAAACGCCAGAAAGUGGAGCUGAACAAGGAGGACCCGACGUACACUGUGCGGUACCUGGGCAAUGCCGUCACCCUGCACGCCAAGGGCGAGGGCUGCACGGAGGAGGCGGUGGGCAAGAUCUGGGCUAAGAGCGACGCAGGGGCCGGCGGGGCCAAGAUGAAGCUGACCUUGGGACCCCAAGGCAUCCGUAUGACCCCCUGCGAGAAGGGAGCCCGCCGGCCAGGCCACGCGUACCUCCUGCACCGCAUCACCUACUGCGCCGCCGACCGCCGGCACCCCAAGGUCUUUCGUACCUCCUCCGCGGCGGCCAUAAUAAAGUUAAUGCUGCUCAACGCCAAGUGUCCCUACCGCCCACCCGCCGAGAGGGCCCGCUGCGCCCCCCGUCUCAGCUCCAUCCUGGAGGAGGAGGAGGAGGAGGCCUUUGCCCCUCACACACACUCUGGGGUUUGUCUUUCAGGCGUGGUGCGAUCCGUUAAGGAGACCCUGAGCAGCCAGUUUGUGGAGAACUGCAAGGGCGUUGUUCAGAGGCUGACACUGCAGGAGCAUAAGAUGGUGUGGAACCGAACAACCCACCUCUGGAAUGACUACGAGAAGAUCAUCCACCAGAGAACCAACACCACCCCCUUUGAGCUGGUGCCACAGGAGGAAGGCUCUGGGGUCACUGUCAGGGUGAUGAAGCCACUGGAUGCUGCCGAGCUCAGCCUGGAGACGGUGUACGAGAAGUUUCAUCCCUCCGUACAGUCCUUCACUGACGUCAUCGGCCACUACAUCAGCGGGGAGCGCCCGAAGGGGAUUCAGGAGACGGAGCAGAUGCUGAAGGUGGGCACGGUGCUGACAGGAGUGGGAGAGCUGGUCCUGGAUAACACCACCAUCAAGCUGCAGCCGCCCAAGCAGGGCAUGCCCUACUACCUGAGUGGUGUGGAUUUCGACUCCUUGCUGCAGAAACACGAAUCCAGCGUCAGGUUCUGGAAAAUCCUGAUGGUCCUUUUCGGUUUUGCCACCUGCGCCGUCCUCUUCUUCAUCCUACGGAAACAAUACCGGCAUCACCGGGAGAGGCAGCACCUCAAGCAAAUGCAGGAUGAAUUCCGGCAGGCCCAGGAGCGCCUGGCGCGGGAAAUGAACGUAGAGGGCGGAGAGACGCUCAAAAACGCUUGCGUCAUCUGCUUGGGCAACACCAAAUCCUGCGUUUUCCUAGAGUGCGGGCACGUUUGCUCUUGCAGCGAGUGCUACCAGGCUCUCCCCGAGCCCAAAAGGUGCCCGAUCUGCAGGCAGGCCAUCGACAGGGUGGUCCCCUUAUACAACAGUUAAAUUCCUGUGGCCAGAGGGAGCUUUUGGCAUUAAAACUGCCUUUUGCCAAGGGGUUUUCUUGCCUCGCUGCGUGGGUGGCUUGAUUUUUGGGGAAGGGGAGGGAGCUUGAGUGAACGAGGUGCUUCGACUGGGGUGCAGAGCUGGGUCUUACGAGGUGGCGGUCCGGCUGAUCAGGGCUCACAUUGCCUGCUGGAGGUUUCUGGGGGCAGGAGAUGAGGAGUCCUUGCACGGGGCGUGGCGCUCAGCUGGCAGAGGCGAUUUCAAGCUUUUUUUAAGAGUUGGACUCUCGGGGUUUGCAUCACGGUUUGCUGAUCAUCCGUGAGGUCAGUCUGUGAGUGUGUCACGCAGGGACGCUGGAGCAGGGAGGUGAAAAUGCCGUGGCUGAUUUCUGCUUUUGGCUUGAGCUUGGGAUAGAAAAUGGGAUGUAAAGUAAUAAAACAGGAUGA